AGGUGUGUUUAGUUUUAUGGAUGUAAUUACAUCAGUGCCAGUGAAAGAAGGAGAUUCUGUCACUUUAUACGCCGAUGCCAUAGAAAUUCAGAAAGCUGAUCUGAUAUUGUGGACGUUUGGACCUGACGGCACCCGGAUAGUUCAGUUCAACAGAAUGGCCAAUAAAAUCUCACUAUAUGAAGAGAUUCUUGAUGGGAGAUUCAGAGACAGACUGAAACUGGACAGUAAAACAGGAUCUCUGACUAUGAGAAACACUACAGUCGCAGACUCUGGACUUUACAAACUCGAGCUCAUUGGCGGAAAAGAGGUCCCACCCAAGAAAUUCAAGAUUAUUGUUUCUGCUCCUCUGUCAAUUCCUGCUGUUAUAAGAGACCCUUCAUCCCCAUCUUCAUCAGUGCAGUAUUGUUCAGUGCUGUGUUCAGUGGUGAAUGUGAGCGCUGUGAGUCUCUCCUGGUACAAAGGAAACAGUGUAUUGUCCAGCAUCAGUGUGUCUGAUCUCAGCAUCAGUCUCUCUCUACCUCUGGAGGUGGAAUAUCAGGAUAAAAACACCUACAGCUGUGUGAUCAACAACACCAUCAGCAAUCAGACCACACAUCUGGACAUCAACACACUCUGUCAGCCAUUUAAUGGUUGGUCCCCAAAUCAUACAGCAUUGGUUUGUGUUUGCAUCGUGCCUGCAGUCUUGUGUGGACUUUACUUUUACCAUCAACACAGAAUUUCUAAACGAGGCAAUAAAACAUCUAAUAAGAACAGAGAAAAUGGCACAGUUCCUUUGCUACUUGUGGAGGCAGACGGCAGGUGCACGUCUGGUCAAGAGGAUGAUGUAGAAAAAAGUGUGUUUGUGAAGGAAGAUAAAAUCACGCUGAUGCCAGUAAUGGAGGGAGAAACUGUAACACUACAAGCCGAUGCUACUGAAAUAAGGGAAAUCGAUCUGAUAUUGUGGACUUUUGCCAAUUUCAAAGGAUGCAGUAGUGCUAACUUUGUCACCAUAGCUACUCUGAAUAAAAUGAACUCAAAUGAAUCCGUUAAGCAGUUCAGAGACACUCUGAAACUGGACCACACGACUGGAUCUCUGACCAUCACAAAAAUGACAGCCAAACACUAUGGAUUUUAUAAACUGCAGAUGAUCAGACGAGGACAGAUGGACUUUCAUACGUUCAGCGUUUUUAAUGUUCCAGAGAAAAAAGAGCGGAGACUAUACAGUGUAUAAACACUGAAAUAUCAUCCCAAUUUUAACAGAAACAAACUGUUAAUUUUAACAAUCAAAGAAUCCCAAUUACAAAGCAAACAAUUGACGAAGUGUUACAAGUCUUAAAAUGUGUGUAUAAAUAUGUAAAUAUGAAAACCUUCUAAUUUUUUCUUGCUUUUAAUAAAAUAAACUAAGAUUAAAAAUAUUAACUUAACCUAAACAAAAUGUUUUAGGGAUUGUUAGAUCAGCGCGACACGGUGACUCAGUGGUAAGCACUGUCACCUUACAGCAAGAAGGUUGCUGGUUCGAGUCCCAGAUAGGCCAAUAAGCAAACUCUAUGUUGAGUUUGCAUGUUCUCCCCCUGUUGGCGUGGGUUUCCUCAGGGUGCUCCGGUUUCCCCCACAGACCAAACACGUGGUACAGAUGAAUACAGGUGAAUUGCCGUAGUGUAUGAGUGUGUAAAACAUAUGCUGGAUAAGUUGGCGGUUCAUUCCACGGUGGUGACCCCUGAUGAAUAAAGGGACUACGCCGAAGGAAAAUGAAUGAACGAUUGUUAGAUCUACCUCAUGAAAAUCCACAUAUUUUCAUGCUCUCAUGUAUAAUUGUAAAUAUAUAUUUAUAUAAUACUAAUUUUGGUGUCUUUUAAAUUUACAUAAGUGAUGUUACUUGUAUAGAACUCAUGUUGGGAAAACAUGUAGUGUUUUAAAUAACUUUUAGGAAGAAAGAUUGCCAAAACAUGGUUGAAAUAAUGUUUCACUCUGUGUUGCACAUAUACUUAUAAAAAGUAGUUCAUAUCUUGCAUACAAAAAUGAAUAAAUAAAACGACUAUUUAACAAAAAAUCUUAAGUUAGACUAUAGGUUACAGGUUUUUCAGUGGAAUUAAUAUUGUUUUUUUUUUUGUUGCAUGCUAACUAUGAUUUUUUCAGUAACUCUUUUUAUAUGUUGAUUUCAACGUUUCAAUAAAUCUUGAAUAUUGUUUUGCACAUUUUUAUUGCAUGUGUUACAUUUUAUGAUCCGUUUUAAUAUUUAUUUAGUUUAUUUGUUCAGCGAUGCCUGAAUGUUUGCUGCCCUCUGGUGGAGAAUCUACAGUUUAACUCUAACUCACUGUGAAUGAAAGACUUAUCGUUGUUAGUACUCAGUGAUGCCUGAACGUUUUCUGCCCUUUUAGAAAUUCUACAGGUCAAGCUGUUUUACUGAACUAAUGUCAAUUGAAGGCUUUUUAAUCUGAAAGUUAAAUUUCAACCUCAUAAUUACAGUAAAUAUACCAUUUUAAAACAAUUGUCUGACACUGCUGGAAAUUUGCAUUACUGGGCAGUGAGUUAUAAAACAAAAAAAUUGAUGUUUCUUUUAUUAUGAUAUUUGAAACGCCGUGCAAAAAUGUAUUUAUCAGUUACAAAAACAAAACUGUCAUAUAUCGGAAAACACAACUGCGACAACGCAAACAAACUAAUCCCAAACAUAGCAAAGGAAAUCCAUUUUAAAAUUCCACACAAAAUAUGCCCGGUCAAUGCAUUUAUCUCAAAAUUUACUGAUAUUGCAGAUACUUGUUCCUUUUGUCAGGAAAAUGAGGAAACUUUGACUCGCAUGUUUUUUUACAUGUAAAAUCUCACAAAAGUUUUGGUCAGAUCUAUAUAAUUAUUUGAAUAAAUCCCAAUCAACAAAACAAAUCUUUAAACUGAGAUAUUAUUUGUUAUUAUUCUAGUCCCAAGAAUAAAAAUGAAGAAAAUAUAUAACCUUUACAUAUUGUAUGCAAAAUUCUUUAUCCACAAACAAAAAUUACUUAAAUCCUCUCCCUCAUUUAGCCAUUUUUAAAUUGAAAUUGAUUCCUUGCUCAAAGCCAUAAAUCUAUCUAACAACAAAAAAUUCUGCAAUUAGAAACUUAUGAAA